GCGUGAGAUAAGUUGAAUGGAAAAGUAUAGAGGAACACGUAUGCAAAUCCAAACCACAUCCCUUCCCUCCCUCCCUUUAAAUCAUCAUCACUCCCCUCCCUCAAUCAUCUCUCCCAAUUCGGCUUCGACUUUCCUCCCUACUACAUACAGAUAUUCGUCAUAGAUCUCGCUACAAUGGCUGCAUCGUCCGCAUGUAUUGUUGGAAAUUGUCUAUCCACUAAAAGAGACUUGUGCAAGAAACUUCAUGGCAAGCAAUUUCAGCUUUCUCGUAGCCUUCACAAGGUUCCAAAAACCGUUAUAAGAUCGUCUCUUAACAAAGAUCGACAUCAAGGCAGAAGAGGAUUCCUGAAACUAUUGGCAACUCCCGCUUUGUUAACUAGCAGGAAAGCUAUUGCCGAAGAACAAGAUGUUUCCAACUCAAGGAUGUCGUAUUCUAGAUUCUUGGAGUAUUUAGACAAAGAUAGAGUUAACAAAGUUGAUUUAUUUGAAAAUGGAACGAUAGCUAUCGUCGAGGCUGUUUCUCCCGAAUUGGGAAACCGCGUUCAGAGAGUUCGGGUCCAACUCCCAGGUCUCAGCCAAGAACUUCUUCAAAAGUUAAGGGAGAAAAACAUCGACUUUGCAGCGCAUAAUGCUCAAGAGGAUUCGGGUUCAUUUUUGUUUAACUUAAUCGGGAAUCUUGCAUUCCCCUUGAUCUUGAUCGGGGGUUUGUUCUUUUUAUCGAGUCGUUCUGGAGGUGGAAUGGGAGGUCCAGGUGGGCCCGGGAAUCCUCUUGCGUUUGGUCAAUCGAAAGCAAAGUUUCAGAUGGAACCAAACACGGGUGUGACGUUUGAUGACGUGGCAGGCGUAGAUGAAGCAAAGCAGGAUUUCAUGGAGGUUGUUGAGUUUUUAAAGAAACCCGAGAGGUUUACUGCUGUUGGUGCUCGGAUUCCCAAGGGUGUUCUUCUUGUGGGUCCCCCGGGAACAGGUAAAACUCUGCUGGCUAAGGCUAUUGCUGGUGAAGCUGGUGUCCCAUUUUUCUCGAUUUCCGGUUCGGAAUUUGUUGAGAUGUUUGUUGGUGUUGGUGCCUCGAGAGUCCGGGACCUUUUCAAGAAGGCGAAAGAGAAUGCACCGUGUAUUGUGUUUGUUGAUGAAAUCGAUGCGGUUGGGAGACAAAGAGGGGCGGGUAUCGGAGGCGGGAAUGAUGAACGAGAACAAACGCUUAACCAGCUUUUGACCGAAAUGGACGGGUUUGAAGGAAACACGGGUAUCAUUGUAGUUGCGGCUACCAACCGUGCAGACAUUCUAGACUCUGCCUUAUUGAGACCGGGAAGAUUUGAUAGACAGGUAUCGGUUGAUGUUCCAGAUGUCCGAGGAAGAACAGAGAUCUUAAAGGUUCAUGCUGGCAACAAGAAGUUUGACAAGGAUGUUUCUCUUGAGGUGAUUGCCAUGAGAACACCUGGAUUUAGUGGAGCUGAUCUAGCGAAUCUUUUAAACGAAGCAGCUAUAUUGGCUGGUCGGCGUGCAAAAACUGCGAUUUCUUCCAAAGAAAUUGAUGAUUCUAUUGAUAGAAUCGUUGCUGGAAUGGAAGGAACGGUUAUGACGGAUGGAAAAAGCAAAAGUCUUGUAGCUUAUCACGAAGUUGGCCAUGCCAUUUGCGGAACACUAACACCAGGGCAUGAUGCGGUCCAAAAGGUGACCCUAGUCCCACGUGGUCAAGCAAGAGGAUUGACCUGGUUCAUUCCAUCAGAUGACCCCACAUUGAUCUCCAAACAGCAACUAUUUGCACGGAUUGUUGGUGGUCUUGGUGGAAGAGCUGCUGAAGAAGUGAUCUUCGGGGCGCCUGAGGUGACUACAGGUGCAGCUGGUGAUCUCCAGCAGAUCACCGGUCUGGCCAAACAGAUGGUAGUUACAUUUGGCAUGUCAGAACUCGGGCCAUGGUCACUCAUGGAUGGAUCUGCACAAAGUCAAGAUGUUAUAAUGAGAAUGAUGGCUAGAAACUCCAUGUCUGAAAAGCUUGCCGAAGACAUUGAUGCUGCCAUUAAGAAUCUUUCAGACAGCGCGUAUGAAAUUGCAUUGAGUCAUAUCAGAAACAACCGCGAAGCAAUGGACAAGAUUGUGGAGGUUCUUAUCGAGAAAGAAACAAUGAGUGGUGAUGAAUUCCGGGCAAUCCUGUCUGAAUUUGUUGAAAUUCCUGUUGAAAACCGGGUUCUUCCUGCGGCUCCAAGCCCUGUAAAUGUAUGAUACAGUUGUUAAGUAGUUUUUGGUUGGUUUUUCUUAGUAAAUUGUAAAUAUCUCAUAUUGAAGUGGUUCAUUUAUAUGUAUGACAAAUGUUGCCUCUUAUUCAUGAGGCUACUAGAUCUUUUGUGCUA